AUGAAACUUGGAAAAGAUGUAAUUGUUCUCACACAAACUAAAUCCUCCAGAUCAGUGGCCUUUCUUUCUCAGUCUUUUAAUGAAGAAAAGGAUAACCUUGAGAUCCCUGUGGUGGCAUAUCGAAAGGAAGGGCAAUACAUGGAAGUUGAUUUGAGUGUUCAGUCUGAUGCUACUGCAGAAUAUAACUUGAGUGCUAUUAAGAAUUUUUCUUCGUUCAACGAGUAUUUCAUUGGAGAAAAGUUAGGCCUAUUUGGUGAAGAUCGUACUGGGACACAAAUUUACAUAUGGAAUUUAGACAGAUGGGGUACUCAAUGCACUUUGGAGUGGAAUUCUGGUAAGUCUUCAGAAAAUCCUGUGCACCCUGGUUGUGGAGACAUAUUAAUCCGUUCAAGAAGAGUCAGAUCACAUCCAGGACAAACAAGUAACAAGGUGCUGUUGGACUAUUCUCUUCAGUCCUAUCUGGAAGUUAUGUUCUUGAAUCCUCGGAUGAAGAUAUCUGUCCAAGGGUCUUUGGUCAAAAGCCGCCCGUUGGUGAAGACCCUUAACAAGACUUCUGUUGUGUCUGGUGAAAUUAUGGGAAGGACUAUUCUGUUGACUCUGGGAAGGAGCAAAGUAGAAUGGGACAGAACAAAUGUUGGCAUGUCUUACAAGCGGGUUGGAGGCCAAAAGCAUAGUACUGACAUGGGGCGUGGAGUAAUAGGAGUUGCAGAUAUCACAAAUCUCAUUGAUGAUGAAGAUGGUAAUUCAUGGGUUCUGAACAAUAAACAGGGAUUUCAAGAUUGUGAAAUGUAUGCUAAACUGGAGGAGUGGCUUGGUAGGAAAGUGGAUGAAUACUGGGAUACGAAAUUUGACAGUCUCGAGCUGAGAAAAGGGGAUGAGCGCCACAAGCCUGAUUCUGACUGGGUUCAGUGCUACAGCUGUCGUAAAUGGAGAAUGUUGAAUGCAGGCUUCAAUGUAGACAAUCUUCCUGAGGAAUGGUUCUGCUACAUGCCACCAUUCAAUGGCAAAUGUGAGAUUCCUGAACAACACAUGGGACGAGGCGUCAUCAUGAUAGGUGAGAAGAGAUCUGGACAUGAUGAACAAAAUAAGGCUGCCCUGCAAAGAGGUACACCAAAGAAGGAAAUGAGGCCUCAGAACCUCGAGAUUCAGGUGAUUACUCAAGAUGAAGAAGAUGCGAAGGUCAACAAGCGAAAGAAACCUUCAAGUGGCACCCCAUCAAAGCCCAAGAACAACAGCGAUGAUGAUCUUGAAGGUGUGUCCUCACAAACUGAAGAUGACGUCCCUCUCCUUAAGUUAAAGAGGCUAAGAAGGGGGCCUGCAAAGACUUCCAAAUGUUGA